UUUGAAAUGGAUACGACAGACAACCAGCGUCUUUACACGGCGACGGAGCUCAACAGUUGGGGAGAUUAUUACACGUCUUCAGCAAACGCGGGAACUCUGCUCGGUCCAGCCGACUCACGUGAACGAUCUAGCGACAAUAAUGCCCCCCAGUACCGACCGUGGGAGUCUGUUGACGGCGGCCCAUUGCCUCCGGGGACACCCAAGGAGGUUUUAUUGAGAACAGGAUUUUCGGGAGUGAUGGGUAACAGUCAACCUCCUCCAGACUUACAACAACCUGUUAGCAAACUUCCAUCUUUUCAAAGCCAAUUCAAUGCAUUCCAGGACGCAGGAAUGACUCCAGAACCUUCACUCACGACGUUAACUCCUGUGCCCGUGAGUCCUAACUCCAGUACUAGCCCGUCAGGUACGGGUUCUAUGACGCCCGCAUUUCACACGAUUGCACGAGGUUACCCCUUGGUUCCUGCACCAGUUCAAGCCAGGGAGGUUCCGGCAAUCAAUCAACAAUACCUGGAUGAAAGGCACAUACAGCUAUACCAACCAGUAUUUCAACAAACCGGUCUAGUCACAGUUCUGAAGAAUGAACCAGCUCAUUUUGAUCUCAAACUAAGGCAACAGGAGAAUGGUUAUUCAUCACCGCACUUAAUAACAUCAGUCGGCCCUGCGUCGUCUGGUGACAAUCGCAAGAAAGAGCGACGGAAAGCCCGGGCGUCUAGUCUGGAAUCAGCUACUUCCAGUCAUCAGUCCGAUGAUCAGGUGUCUUCCAAUGUGGAAAAUGAGACGCAUUCAGGACAAGUCGCCGCAGUCAGUUCGACGGCAAGUUUUAAGUCACCAUUACAUCACGGCGGACUAAGUACCGGCAAUGGGACGAAUGGUCAAGGUAACGGUAUGGGCCGGAUGAUGGACACUGACGACUUGGGGCCGGAUAAACAGGUGAAAAAGAAACGUAAACGCUGUGGAGAAUGCGUCGGCUGUCAGCGCAAAGAUAAUUGUGGGGAUUGCGCUCCGUGCCGUAAUGACAAAUCGCAUCAAAUCUGCAAGCAGCGCCGAUGUGAAAAGUUAACUGAGAAAAAGUUGGUUUACGGACCGGAUGGUAACCUUAUACGCCAAGAAAGCAGAAGGGGUCGAGGCAAAGGUCGAGGCACUGGGAGUUAUCGUGGAAGAAAGGCGGCGCUGUCGCACGGUUUAAAUACGCCAUUGCCUACAUCGCUUUCGACGCCGCCACCUCCGUUGUCGUCGACUGUCAGUCCUGCUCCGGCAUCAAACAGUCCCGCUCCGCCUACCACAAUGAAACACGAUAAUAGUGCAGUGCAACAGCAACAGCAGCAGCAACAACAUCAGCAGCAACACAAUUUACAACAGCAAAUGCAACAGCAGCUGCAGCAACAAAUUCAACAACAACAUCACAUAGACAAUCAGCAGCAACAGCAACAGCAGACGCUGCAGCAACAGCAAAUGCCGACGCCAAUGGCUUUUUAUCCUACACCAACGUGGGGAAUGCCGCAACCUCCGGAUCAGGCGCAGGCUUGGCAAAAUCAGUUUAUCCAGCAAUUACCCACGCAGGAUUAUCACCAGACCGCUUAUACGGCUACACCCCUGUAUCAAACGAAUGGCUACGUACAGAACGUGGCAUUUGAAACGCCAUCCUUCUACAGCGCGGCUCAGGUGUGUAGCCGCGAUAUGACAAAUGUCCAGCGAUCGCCUAGUGGUCGAGUAAACAGCUCAAGUAGUUACCCAAGUAUACUCAGUUCAACUGGUCAAUUUAGUCUUGGGUCGAGUGGUAACGUAGUGCGACAUGAUCAAACAUUUCAACUAAAUAGUCAGUCAACUUUUAGCAGUCAAACUCCAACGGCGACUGCCGAGUUCCGCUACCAAUCCACAAAUCGUGAUUCUAGCAUGUUAUCGGAAAACGCCCAGCCUGGGUAUCCGCAAGCGGACGGCACGUCACGGCCGCAUUCACGCACUUGUAACGGAUACCCGGGCGAAUUUAACAACAGUGUUAACAGCAACAAACAAAUUCAAAAUAACAUAAACGGCUUGUCGCAACAGCCUGAACAACCUAACAACAGUUAUAAUCAGAGUGCUGGCAGCCAAAGUGAUUCGUGGCAAAACCUUGCUCCUAGAGGGAAUGAACAACAAGAAUUUUCCCAACCAGACCACGUUAAUUUGAACACGCAUAUUAAGUCUAUAGUAUUAAACAAGCAAGGGGAUGAUGGAGUUGACAAAUGCAGUCCAAGAGAAAAUGAUGAGAGAAAGUAUGUCGAUCUCUCGAAUAAGACCAACCAGAACAAUCAGCUAAAAAGCAAUAAAUCUGAUAAUUUUUUAUCGCAUAGCCACCAUCCACAAAAUUUAGAUUCGUCGAUCUCAAUGGCGGAAAGAUCCUUUCGGGAUGAUUUAGAUAGGUUCUUACCACCGGUGAGCUCCUCGAUGAGCGUACUCGGAAAUAGCCCUCAAGGGGUGAACAGCACGAGGGAUGGUGGCGAUUUUAAUUGGGUGGAUAAAGAUAGAUUGUGCUGCGUUUACAGUGAGAAUAAUAAUCAAGGUAACUGGAUCAGUGAUUAUGAAGGACUCAAAAAGCAAGAUGAACCUUACAAGUUUGCAGGAGAUGGUGGCCCCGCAGAGCUGAAAGAUUUAGUGGGAUUUUCAUGUUGCAGGCGUGGUAGUACGCGACGACCAACAUCGGAACAUUUGCGUGACGGAGCGUGUUCUGGUCUACGCACGGAAGACGAGAACUUUGUUGAAUCAAUUCAAGAAACUUCAGCAAAUGAAGCGCCUGAUGCGGCAAAGCAGUCGUCCAUCAAUUCAACAUUAUCAGAAACAACUCUAGGUAGAACGGCGUCAGAGAAUCCAGUUAAUAAUACGUCGGAAAAAAACAAACCAUCUACUAACAAUGGAAAAAACGAAAUUCCGGAAUGUGAUUGUUUUCCGACUGAUAAGAACCCACCGGAACCUGGAAACUAUUACACACAAUUAGGCGCUGCUGGCAACUUAGUAGAACUCCGUUCAUCACUCGAGUGUCGAGCCGGUCUGACAGCUGGACAGUUGCGUAUUGAAAAAGUUUGCUACACCGGCAAGGAAGGAAAAACAGCACAGGGCUGUCCAAUGGCAAAAUGGAUAAUAAGAAGGGCAGAUUCUACGGAGAAAGUACUAUGUAUCGUUAAGCAUAGGCAUGGACACAAAUGUUCUACGGCCUAUAUUGUUGUUUGUAUUGUUGCCUGGGAGGGAUUGCCGCAACAAGAAGCUGAUAUAACGUAUUCUGUGUUGACGCAAAAACUCAACAAAUUCGGUUUACCUACGACCAGGAGAUGCGCAACGAAUGAAAGCAGAACCUGUGCGUGCCAAGGCCUAAACCCCGAUACUUGCGGCGCAUCGUUCAGCUUUGGUUGCAGUUGGUCUAUGUACUACAACGGAUGUAAGUACGCACGAUCUAAAACCGUUCGUAAAUUUCGAUUAUCUGUCCGCGGAGAAGAGAGCGAAGUCGAAGAACGUGUUCAUCGGCUCGCUGCCAGGUUGGCUCCACUUUACCAAAAGUUGGCACCAAAAGCAUUUGAAAACCAAUGUCGCUAUGAAUCAGAUGCGCCUGAUUGCCGACUCGGAUUCUCAGAUCAAAUGAUCUCUGAAGGGCGUCCAUUUUCUGGUGUGACGGCUUGCGUAGAUUUUUGUGCCCAUUCACAUCGCGAUCUGCAUAACUUAAGCGAUGGAUGCACUGUGGUCGUUAGCUUGAACGGAUCAAGAGCCGGUCCAAACAUAGCCGGUGCUGGUAGGUCAACUCCACGUGACGAGCAGCUGCAUGUUCUGCCAUUGUAUGUGAUGGAUUCGUCUGACGAGCACGGCAGCAAAGAGGCACAGCAGCAAAAAGUUCGCGCUGGUGCUGUUGAAGUUUUGGAUAGGUAUUCUAGCGAAGUGCGUGUACGCACCGUACCACUGCAGCCUUGUAGGAGGCAUGGAAAAAAACGUAAAGACGACGCACAUCCAGCGGAGCAGCCCUCCGCUCCAUCGUCCGAAUCAUCUACCCCUUCAUCCAAUAGAAAUGCGUUGGGAGGAUACAACAAUAAAGAUAUAACUACCAAUAAUGCUUCCAGAAAGGACAUGGGUCAAAAUUCACCACAGGUGACACCAUCAAACAGAAUCACUCCUCAGCAAAUGCACAGCGGGUAUUCUAGUUUAUUAGAUAUGACAUCCAAUAUGACAGAGGCUCAACUUCAAAGCAAUCAAAUUAGUAGCACAGUAUUAGAUGUACCAUAUAGUAAUUAUGACAAAUCUCACAAUAUGUAUAAUAACACCUUAUACAAUCACCAUGCAAUAAUGGCGAGCGAAAACAAUAGUAAUUAUUUCAUCGAUUCACAGAAACGUGGUUAUUAUAGCUCUCUUGAUAGCUCUAAUCAAUGGACCGAAUACAGUAACGCUUUCUACCCAGAUUCUACUACUGCUUUAUUGAAAACUGGAAUUUCUAAUAUUGAUGAUAAUAAAAUUGAUUUAAACGAAUCUCAAACACCCUCCAGAAUGAAGGCCUCUGAAUCAUAUAAUGAUAUUUCAAUUGAUAGUUAUUCAAAAUACGAAUUUUCAACACCUCAUAGAGUUGAAAAUCGUAAUUACAUUAAGGAACACCACAUUUUGAAAUCAGAUACUUCCGAAUAUGGUUCUUAUGCUCAACAUAGCUAUGGUAAUUAUUUGGGAAAUUAUCAAUUCAGUGCUCAUUAUGGUCAUAUGCAAUAUGAUAACUAUUCUUCCAAUGUGGAUUAUUAUAAUAAUGAUAAAAUUAAACGUGAAGAACUUUUAAGUAAUUGUUAUAAUCCUUAUGCAUAUCAAAACUAUGGCUUAGGACCUCCUGAUUUGUAUCAGAACCCAGCUUCUGCUAAUUGGUGUUACUACCCACCUUUUCCAAUGCCAUGUGUUCUUGACACAUCAAAGCCUGAACCAAUUGGCGAACUAACAGAAAUUUCUGAUAAUUUAGAAUGCUUUAAAGAUUCACAAAUGGGCGGAGUCGCAAUUGCUUUGGGACACGGAAGUGUUUUAUUUGAGUGCGCUAAACACGAAAUGCAUGCUACAACAGCGCUAAAGAAUCCAAAUCGUCUGAAUCCCUCUCGCAUAUCGUUGGUGUUUUACCAACAUCGAAAUUUAAAUAGGCCAAAACAUGGACUAGUAGAAUGGGAGGAAAAAAUGAGAUUGAAGAAAAUGGGCAAUAGCAACGUUAACAACGUUACUCCUAAUGCGUUAAAUAACGACUCCGCGAACAAAAGCAUAGCUGUCAACGAUGGCAAAAAUGCAGAAAAUUGUGAACUGAGUGCUUCAGUUGAAUGUGAUGUUGCAAGCGAAACAGAAUCUAAGUCCUUGGUUACAGGGGAUAACAAACAAAUUAUUAUUCGCGCUCCUACACUAACAACCAUGUCUUGGACGACUCUGUUUCCUAUGCAUCCAUGUGUUGUGACAGGACCUUAUCAGGAGAGUAACACUGUAACUGAAGCGGAACACGUGCCAAAAAAUUAUGAUGGCGCUUACCAAAUUCUGCAGACAGAUUUUGGAAACGCUUUAACAACUAACGGUGUUGAGAUGGCUUAUAAUACUGGUCGAUUCUUGGCAGAUGCUUAUGGAUUUGCAUUGGGCUGGAACACUUCUGAUAUAAAUAAAAGCAAUUUUAAAAUUUGCUCAACAAAAGAUGAAAUUUGCGAAUUAACAGCUCUGGUCAUAGCCGCUGGCUUAUGUAACAAGGAAGUUGACAAGUAUAAAAAUUGGACAAAAGAUGAACUAGCAACAAUUUACUGUAAUGAAACUGAUCAGCAAUCCAACAAAGAUGUGAAAAUGCCAGACUGGGCAACAGAUCAAGUGAUAAAAGAUUUGAAACUGUUUAGCAAAGAGUUCUUUAGAAUUGCGGGAUCAGAAGACACUUUGAAAAGAUUGUCAGGAGGCAGAGGUGCCAUGCAUGUGAUAGAACUGCACUGCAAUAAUGAAGUUUGGACAAUAAAGGUUAUCUUAACACAAAUACAAUCUUUAAAUACUAAUAGACAUUGA